AUGGACCGUACUAGGUCGUUCUUCGGCGCUGGGGCGUCCACGCCGCCGGCCAAGAAGCGGAAACCUGCGGACGAUGACGCGGGCGACGCCGUCGAGUCGCCGGCGAAGCCCGUAAAGAAACCCAAGAAGAAGGAGAAGAAGGAAGAGAAGAAGGAAGAGAAGAAGGAGAAGAUCAUUGAAGAAGAGGAGGAAGAGGAGAAGGAGAAGCAGGUGGAGGAGGAGCCAGAGGACAUUGAGAUGCAGGAGGCAGAAGAAGAAGAAGAGGAGGAGGUUGUCAAGAGCAAGACGAAACCUGGUCGUCGUCGUCUGCGUCAGCGGGUUGUGGAGGAGGAGGACGAGGACAGCGACCUGGAUCUGCCCAUGUCGACGGAGAAGAAGGCGUCCAAGGAGAAGCAGGAGGAGGUGAUCGACAUGACGUCGCCGACGUCGACUCCAGAGAAAAGUAAGAAGAAGGAAACGGACAAAAAAGGCGAGACGCCGGUGAAGUCCAAGAGCCCCAAAAAGGAGGAGAAGGAGGAGGAGGACGACGAAGAGGUCGAGAUUAAGGAAGAGAAGGCUGAGGAGGUCAAGCCGAAGAAGGAGGCGAAGAAAGAGACGGCCACGAAAAACAGCUUCUUCACUCCCGUGUCCGGCAGCAACAAGAGCAAGGCGAAGAUGACCUCCGCCGACGACAAGAAAGAGAAGGAGGUCAAGACGGAGUCGGAGCCAAAGGCCAAGACCGAGACUACCGAAGCUCAAGACGACGACAGCGACGAGCCCCGGGAGACCCCUUACUUCGCCCUGGCGCACUUGUUCGCCAAGAUUGAAGAAGUCACGGGCCGUCUCGUCAUCCAGGACCUGCUCACGGCCUUCUUUCGCGACGUCAUCCGUCGCUCUCCUGACGAUCUGCUGGCCUGCAUCUACCUCUGCGUGUGCGUCGACCUGGCGCCGCCUUUCGAGAACCUCAAGAUCGGCAUUGGUGACGCAAUCCUGAUGAAGGCCAUCGGCGAGGCCACCGGCGCCAAUCUCAAGUUCAUCAAGGAGAUGUAUCACAAAGAGGGCGACCUCGGUAAGGUUGCGCAGAACGCGCGGUCCAAGCAGAAGACGCUGUCGUUUGCAUCGAUAAAGCCCGCAGCGUCCAAGGGCAGCGGCCUCACCGUUCAGCACGUGUACAACCAGUUCGUCAAGAUCGCCAAGAUGACGGGCAACAACUCGCAGCAGCAGAAGUGCUCGAUCAUCAAGGGAUUGCUGGUCAAGUGCGAGAAGGAGAAGAAGUCUCAAGCCAGCGGCGCGCAGUCCGCCGAAGGAGCCAAGUACAUCAUCCGUGGACUCCAGGGUAAGCUUCGUAUCGGUCUCGCAGAGAAGUCGAUCCUCAUGGGUUUGACGUACGCGUUCAUGACGGACAAGACGUACAAGGACAAGGACAAGCAGCAGGAGGCGCUUGCGUAUGUCAAGAAGGCGUUCGCGGAGUGCCCCAGCUACAACGCGCUGGUCGCUGCGUUCUACGAAGUGCAGAAGGAGGUGCCUAACGCUCCGUUCCUCCGCGUGAAGGACUUCGCCAAGGUGGCCGAGAAGUGCGUGUUGACGCCUGGUACUCCUGUGUCGCCGAUGCUUGCGCGGCCGACCAAGGCGUACGCUAUGGUGUUCGACCGCUUCGAAGGCAAGCCGUUCACGUGCGAGUACAAGUAUGACGGCGAGCGCGCCCAGAUCCACAUCCUCCCGAACGGAGAAAUCGCCAUUUUCUCGCGUAACUUCGAGAACUCCACGGAGCGUUUCCCUGACGUCAAGCUGGCCAUCUCGGAAGCAACCAAGAAGAAGGGCAUUGUCAAGAGCUGCAUCGUCGACGCUGAAGUGGUGGCUGUGGACCGCGCCACCAACAAGCGCCUGCCGUUCCAGAUCCUGAGCACGCGCUCGCGAAAGAACGUGAAAGUGGAAGACAUCAAGGUGCCGGUGUGUAUCUACGCGUUCGACUUGCUGUUCCUGAACGGUGAGUCGUUCCUCGCCACUCCGCUGGCCAAGCGCCGUGAAAAGCUGCGGGAUAUGUUCGAAGUGAAGCCGGGCAACUUCGAGUUCGCUACCUCAUUAGAUGUGGAGGACUGCGUGGACGUGAAGAACAAUCCUGAGGCGAUAGACGAGGCCGUGGACAAGGUGCGCACGUUCCUGGAGGAAGCUGUGCGCGAGAACUGUGAGGGUUUGAUGGUCAAGACCCUCGAGAAGGAGGCGACGUAUGAGCCUGCGAACCGUUCUCACAAGUGGCUGAAGCUGAAGAAGGAUUACCUCGACGGCAUUGGCGACUCCGCCGACUUGGUUCCGAUCGGUGCGUUCCACGGUCGCGGCAAGCGUACGGGUGUCUACGGCGCGUACUUGCUUGCAUGCUACGACCCAGACACGGAGAUGUACCAGCCCAUUACGAAGCUGGGCACUGGGCUGUCGGAUGAAGUGCUCAAGCAGUUCCACGACCAGCUCAAGGAAAAGGUGGUGGACAAGCGACCGAGUGACUAUGCCAUUGGAGAAGGAAUCAAGCCUGACGUUUGGUUCGAGGCCAGUUGCGUGUGGGAAAUCCUAGGUGCCGACCUGUCGAUUUCGCCCAAGUACACGGCAGCCAUCGGGCUUGUGGCGGAGGACAAGGGCAUCUCGCUGCGCUUCCCUCGCUUCAUCCGCAUCCGCGACGACAAGGAUACCACGCAGGCGACCAACUCUUCUCAGAUUGCCGACUUGUACCGAGCCCAGGGCCUCACGACUGUAACCAACGAUGGACGAGCCCCCGCGCCGCGCAGAACGACGAACUUCGACGGGCAUCGUCGCCACGACCAACAACGUCUUCUGGUGGAGCUGGAGCUGGAUGACUCGCUGUACCAAGGCACACUGCAAGCGGGUAUUGAGCAGCACGCACCGAUGUACCCUGUUCCAAGCAGAAGGUCAACGCACGCUGGGGAUAGUCGACAUCUCCAGCACAGCGACUACAUAGUCGAACCAAGACAGCGCCUGUCGUCAAGAAACCCUCGUGAUUCAACAGCCAAGCCACUCACGGAGCGCCAGAUGCAGCAGCUUAAUGCCAAGCGACUCUCAAGUCCGUACAAGUUGAAGCAGCAGGUGCUCGACACGCGAAACGACUCACCACCUCGUCGUUAUCAGCAGGAGGGCUCCGGUACACGGCGAGCAAUCCGGUCACCCACCAUGCAGCAAUCACCGGCGCAUCUCGUGAUGGAGUCAAUCCGGCAGAACAUGCAUCUACGCGACCAAGUGCUGGCCCACUUACAGCAGGAGCUCAUGGGCGUGUUGCCGCUGCAUCGGGCGUCUCAUGUGGAGAAGAAUGUGCCGCAACGGGUGGUGAAGCUUCUCAACAGGAUGCGCAGUUUGUCCCUCGCGGUUAUCGAAGCAGUGGUGUACUUGAGCGGUGAGCUUGGAGAUUCUAAUGUCGUGGGUCAGAGUGUCGAGCAUGAAGUCUUGGAGCAGGAUUUCUUCGGGUAUUUGUUGACAAUGGCAUCCGAUUCAGAUUUCCUGGCUUGCUCGCCACAACUCCAGCGAUUCUUCGAGGACUUCGAGGUGAAUUUGACGCGCAACCCGUUCGUAGACGGACUAUCGCUGGACUCGUCGGAGGUGCUGCUGUGUUCCUGUCAUCAAAGUACCGACUCUGGCGUUUUAUUCUGCUCUGCUAGUUCGUCCCCAUCGUCUCUCUUGCGGCUGUUGAAGCAGAAGCUGGAGACGUUUGCGCUCCAGACUCAGGGAUAUCUCCCAGGAUGGCAGAUUCUACCAGCUGAACGCGUGGCAGCAGCGCUGUUGCACUUGAUGGACCUUGAAACGCGCUUCCAUGCUGUUCGGAUGAUCCCGAGAUAUCUGCAAUCGCAAAUCGACAGCAAGAGGUAUUUGCAUCAGCAACGCGGACCAGAUUGCGUUACGUCCUCGCACGGGUAUGGUACGUUUGAAGACGAAAGGAUACAACGGCUGGAUCGUGAGGUCUCUCAAGCAUCUCUAUCAAGUGAUCAUGGCCCACGUCGUGGAUCAUCCGUUGUUGAAGCUUGGGCUGGCUCGCCAAUACCAAAACCUUCUGCAGUACCCGCAGCUUUGAAGCAGAAUACACCGGACCAGCAACCGCCACCGGUUAAGACCUCAAGCAAUACCGCUCGAAGUUUGUCAAAGAAGGAAGAAGACACCAGACGACCUUCUUCGGCAUGGAUACCAGUGCCAACCUCGCCUGAGCCAGAGUCUACUCGAUCAGUAACUAGCACUUCAUCGUCUGCAAGAAAGGCACCUGCCGAUACUGAUUCUGCUGGGGAUGGAGUCACGAUUACUCGGCUUGUUUUACCACCGCCCGUGCUCGAUGUAUCAGCAGCAGCGAAAUCGUCCACCAGAAGCAACGAAUCCGAACGAGCUGCUUCAAAAAGGAGGAGCAGCAAGGCUACCGACAAACCCGACAAUCGUAAGACACUCGUCGAGUCUGGAACUCAGAUGAGCGAGCGCAGCACACCAUCGAUGGUUGUUACGCCAAAGGAGGUACCAGCACCAGAGCAAUCAGCAAGAACAAGGGCUACGCGAGACGAAUCCAUGCAGGACGAACUAUCGGAAUCUGUGGUAUCGUUGGAGCUUGAUGCCUCUGUCAGCCCUACUGAUCUAGGCCAAUGGAGUAAUGCAGAGCUGGAUUCCUCGCGUGAUAUAACUGAUGAACCGCGUGAUGUGGUCGAUGUUGUGGCAACACCGACCGCUGACGAUGAUCGUGAAUUUCGUGAACUGGAAGCUAAUGCUGAGCUUGCAGCGGAUCUUGAUGAUGGAUACGACUGUAAUUUCGAGUACUCGUCCGACGAGGCAUUGUCCAGCAUUGCGAUGGCCUUGCAACUGUUGCCUAACUUCACGCUGUCGAACACGGAGUCAACGCUGGAUGAUGAUGAAGUGACGAAACCUGAGGAGGCGAUACCACCGAAUGACUAUGAACGUGUGGAGUCAAGCAGAGCGGAGGCACACGAGGCUGAGUUUACUGCAAGUAGAUCUACGCUCAACGAAGUGAUGGAGGAUGUGAUAACGGAGCUGGAAAGUGUCGAACAGAGAGUGGAGGCGCUUGAACCAGAAGACGACGAGUACGCGUACUCAUCUAGCACUGCUAUAUCGAAUAUUGCUAUGGCGCUAAGCCUCCUACCAAGCUCCUGGAGAGAUAACGCGCUCACUGAUUCUGAAGUGCUACCCGAGCAGCAGUCGGAGACUCUAAUGGAUAUCAAUUCUUCCAGACUCAGCACCUAUCGAUCUAUCCCAACAACAUUUGAUGAAACAACGAUGGAGUCGUUACUGGCAUCGGCUCGCAGCAAUACUUCAGCGAGUUUCAGCGAGAAAGCGCUUGUUCCACUGCCCGAAACAUCUCGCAGCAGUAUUUCAACCAUUUUGAACGAAGAAAUUAUGAAUUCGCAGCCGACAUCGGCUCGCAGCAAUAUUUCAGCGACUUUGAGCGACAAAGUGGUGAAUUUACCCCCUUCGUCUCGUAGCAGUGCUUUAGCAUCUACCAACUAUCAGGCUGACGACGAGAGCGAGCUGUCCGAGUUUAACCGAGUAUUUGCACUGUGUCGAGACAUUCAAGUCGCAGCGUACGACAUGAGCCACUGGGUCUCGCGGCGCGAAGUAGAAGACGAGAUUCAAUCUAUAUCUCAGCCCUUCUCGUCACUUAUGGGCUACUCAUCUCCUACCACUAAACCUGUCGCCACUGAUAGUUCCCCGAAGUAUCUGGAGCGCGAACUCAAGAUGUUGCGGCGCAACUUGGCGUCGUGGAAAGUAUUUUGUGUCGAGCAGAAGCGAGCGAGGGUGGUCGUCCGCUGGUUAGUGGCUAGGCGGAAGGUCCGACAAUUCGUCAGUCUCCACUACAGGCGACAGCUUCAAGCUCGGAUAGACGCAGAGAACCGUCUUCGAUUCCUCGCUGCGUCUCGAAUACAACGGAACUGGAAAAUUCAUCGCCACAACCGCGAAGUUCUCCAACGUAAAGCAGUGUUUCGAGCUAUUCACAUGGCAUUCCAUCGUGCAAUAUUCUACGUGAGCAUUUCAAAGCGACGGCGUGUUCGAGAGUGUGCGAAGGAGAAAAUCGUUCGCUGGUGGAGACGACAGCGCUUGAGGAUUAGGAGGAAGAAGCAGAAAGAAGAGAAACGUACUCGAGAGAAAGAGCGACAAUCCAGAGCUUUAAAGGACAUUCGGAGGUUUUUGAAGGAGAUCUUACUGCGUCGCAAGUUGAAAGCCGCUCAAGAGAUGGCGAAGAAUAUUCUGUUCAAGGAGCAGCUCAAGUGGACGAAGGCCAAGCGAGACGUGGAGCGGAGCAUGAAGAUGAACUCAAAGCAUCGACGUGAGCUUAUUGCAGAUAUGAACGCUCGACUGGCAGAUCUCGACCGCAGGUGGAAAACGUCGGAAGAAGAGCGACUGCAGCUAUUGACGCAUCAUGAGCGCGUUGUGCAGCAGCAACAGCAAGCGGUUGAGGUGAGGAGGAGAAAGGUCGCAGCGUUGAAGCUCCAAAUGUUUUUCCGAGUGUGUACUCUCCACAAGAAGCUGCGGAGUGUGGAAUCAGAGAAGAAGAAAUAUGAACUGCAGCUCCGGAAUGAGCUACAGGCCAAGGAGAAGCUCGACGUGGAUGCUCAGAAGAAAAUUGGGAAGACACGCACUCAAGUACGGGUCCUAGAGCGAAAGCUUGGACGGAUGAGCCAACAAGCCCUGCAAACGGACGCUCGACAUCGUGAAGUUGUUCUAGAUCAUCAAGAACGAGAGAGAACAUCCCAAGAGCGAGCUGCGAGGCAGAAGAUCAAGGCCUUUGUGGAUGCUCGGGUGCUGCUCCGACGAGCAGAGCAUGACAGAUUCCAGCUUUUGACCCUACAAGCGCGUUUACAGGCGGAGAAGACGGAGAUUGAGUUCAUGUCGAGUGAAGACCAACUGGAGCAGCGUCGAGCCGCACUCUCGGUGGCGUCUGAUCUCCAGCAGCGGUUGUCGGAGCUUGAAGCGCGGUCGCAAGCUCUGCUAGCAGCGAAGAGUCAACUGGAAGCGGAGAAGCAGCAGGAGGCUCAGCGCGCAGCGGCAGCGUUGGAGCAAAGCAGAAUCGAAGCCAGUAUGCAGCAGAUAGCAGCGUGGGUCUCGGGUCAGAUGCAGGUGUCCAAGCUCAAGAAGGUACACGCUGCGAUGCGUGACUCGGCAGCUCACGAGCUGGAGGAGGAGAAGCGCGGACAACGCCGAGAGAUCGAAGCCAAGACGCGCGAAGUUUCCUCUAUUAAGGCCUCAAGCGUCAUGCAUCAGCGCGUGAGCCAACAGCGCAACCACCGAGCUGUGGAGAUGCUGCGCAUCCAGCAGCAACAGAAGGCGGCACUGGAGAAAUCUAUCGCUGAGCGCACACGAGCGCAGUUAGUGCAGGUCGUUAUUGCCGUCAAGCUGCUCUCGGAGAGCGAAAGCAGUAAAGGGAUCGGCCAGGGUUUGAACAGCGUGGCGAAUUUCCAGAAGAAUACGCAGCACAAAUGUCUGAGGCUGAAGUACUUACGCAGUAUGAGCUCGGCUCGGAAGAUUCAGCGCGUAUUGCGCCAACGGCUGCAUCAGCAGCACGUCAAGCGAGCGGAAGAGCUGGCACUAGCUCAGUUGCUACUGGCUAAACGUCGUCAGGCACUAGCUCGGCAGAUCCAAGCGUGGUGGAGACAGCGUAUCCAGGAUCGAAGACGCGAGCAAGAGAGGGCGCAGCAUCAGCUAGUGACGUUUGAAGCACACCUGGAGCUCAUCCGUGUUCGAGCUAAUGUGCGCAAAAUUCAAAGUGCGUGGAGACGGUGGGUAACUCGUGAGCGAGCGAGAAGAGAACAACAACGCUUGGCAGUUGACGCACACCUGGAGGCGAUUCGAGAUCGAGCACUUGUGCGUAAGAUCCAGGUUGUGUGGAGAUGGUGGAUUCAGCAGGAACGCGAGCGGAGGCGUCAACAGGAAGUAGCAUUUCUUACUCACUUGAGUGCGAUUCAAGCUCGAGCGAACGUGCGUAAGAUCCAAGGAGCAUGGAGGCGAUGGAAACGGAGCGAGCGGGAGCGACGGUAUCAUCAACAGCUUGCGUUUAACGCACACCUUGAAGCGAUUCGACUGCGGACGAGUGUUCGUAAGAUCCAAGGAGUAUGGAGACGCUGGGUGCUAAGUAAACAGGAGCAAAGGGAGCGAAGGCGAGUUCAACAACUCGUCUUGUCUAGUGCUGUUCGUAUACAGAGACGGUGGAGAAAGUGGCAACAACAGCAGCGAGAUAAGGCUGAGCGAGUCCGAAUUUUGCGAAAUGCCAGUGCUCAAGUGAUACAACGGAAGUGGAGGCGCUGGAAAACGGAGGAACGAGAGAAGACGCGCCGUAGCAUUCUACGUCAGGCUUGUGCUCGAAAACUGCAAAAAGCUUGGAAAAUAUGGUGCGAGUGGAGACGUAGGCGAGAGCGGAGUGCAAUACGUAUUCAGAAACGUUGGAAACAGUGGCAAGAGGAGAAGAAGGAGGCAGAGCGAGUCCGAAGCGCGAAAAUGCUGGCGGCCACAUUGAUUCAGCGGUGUUGGCAUCGGUGGCAUGCUAGACGACACUUUGAACAGGAGAAGGCACGAAAGCUCCAUCAACGAGAAACAUUACGAUCUAUACUACGAAUUCAAAGAGCUUGGAGAAGGUGGAGAACGAAGUUACAAGAGAAAGCGGAACGUGAACGACAGGAGAAGGAGGAGAGAGCAGUAGCACUCAAAAUCCAGCAGAAUUGGACGAAGAAGCUUUUUCAACGAAAUCAAAAAGAGGAAGAACGACGAGCUAAAAAGGAGAAGGCGGCGAUGCUGCUUCAACGAGUCUGGAAGAAGUGGCACGCCGUGAAAUGUGCUCAAAACGAGCUGAAUCGAUUGAGGCAGGAGAAACAGGAGAGUUUGAGGUUGAAACAACAAAAGCUAGAGCGUGAUAAGCAGACUCAACACGCGAGCUCGUUGAAGAUCCAGCGCAAUUUGGGGGUCCGCCAGCAUCGACGCAAGAUGGAGAGCGAGCGUAUUCAGCACGAGCAGCACAUGGCCGCGCUCAAGAUCCAGACGCUGUGGCUUCGGUGGCACCACGAGCAGAAAGAGGAACUCGAACGGGAAUUCAUCCGCCAGGAGCAGUACGAAAGCUCCGUCAAGAGCCAGCGACACUGUCGGAUCUCACACCACAAGCGGAAGUUGGCUGAGGAGCGACUCCGACACAAGCAGAGCCUGAGCGCUCUCAAGAUCCAGAAGAACUGGCGCCGAUGGCAUCGCGUUCGGCUUGAGCAGCAAGAGAAGAACAAAGUUGAAGACCCCAAAGCACAAAUGCCCCCGAUGGAGCCCAGUUCAGACCAGCAACAGCGUAAACAGAGGUUAGAGGCCAUCAAGCAUCGCUCCUCUGGUAGAUGCAUCGCGCGUGCGGUCAAGAAAUACCUUCAAAGUCGACGAGAAGACAGCGCGGCGACCAAGAUUGAGGCCGUGUGGAAGGCGAAGCUGUAUCGGACGCACUAUCUGCAAGCGUUGGAAGCUCAACGCGCCGAAGAGGUUCGCGCGUAUCGCCUUGCGGUGUUAGUGCUAGCGACCAAAGUUCAAGUGUGCUGGCGUCGAUGGCACUCGGGAGUUCGACAGGCGAAGCGUGCAGCUGUGAAGAAUGACGAGCUGCGGUUGAUCCAGGAGGCGAAGGCUCUUGAACGCAAGAUUAUGGUGCUUAAACGCACGUUGGCUGCGAAGAGGAUCCAAAGAGCGAUAGCGUCGCGAAGGAGACUGCAGGAUAUCAAGUUUGUGUCGCAGAAGGAGAUUGAACAGAAGACAGUGGAGGGGGAAGAGCCGACGGUCAAGCCACUGAAUGAUGAACCAGCCGAUGACCAGCCUCAGAAUGAAGAGCCCGCGGGGGAUUACCAAGAACCAGUGGUGGAAGUUCCAGAGGAGGAUUUGACUCGUGCAAGUGUAGAGAAGACGGUAAAUACCUGGAGUCACCGCGAGCUGCCGCAUAUUAUGACGCGCAGUAUGAACGAGAUCAUGUUCUUUCACGACGUCGCCACGGUGCUUCAGAAGUGCGUUCGUGACUACCAAAGACGAAAACAACUGCACUUUUACUUCCAGCGACCAACUGAUGACAGUAAACAAGACGAGACGGACGGAGAUAUUCCUGCUGGGCACUUCCACUUCUACUUCAAGAGAGCGAGUGCGUGGCUGGAAUGGGGCGGGUCCAAGUCUACCAGCUACGCUGAUUCGGGACUUGAUACGAAUCAAGACACGACACUCUUGCGGCUUCGGUUUGACUCGCAAAUGACUCGAAGACUGCUGCAGCUAGUCGAGCCCAGCGAAGAGUACACGCUCUCUGAGAUCCAACAAGUGCUACAAGAGAUCGCGGCUGACGCUGUACCGAUUCUUCAGUCUCCAAUUUGCGUGCAGGACCAUGAGGACGUGCGGCCAGAACUUCGUUUCCACGACGUCGAAGAGAUGGAGCUGCCUGGUUCAGUCAAGCUACUGCGUCAAAUGGCGCAGCAACGCGCUCACGCUCGACGCCAGCAGCUCUUGGAGAUCGACACAAGCUUCACGGAGCCACCAGCAUCACCCCCCUCUCCGGUGGCGAAGUCCGAAGUGACCAUCUUCACAGCAGUAGAAAACGCAUCGGUCGAAGACGCCACGUUCCUCCAACAACGCGGGGAGGACCUGGCAGCAGUCGAGUCAAAGAUGCAGCGUAAUGCGCUGCACUUGCUGUCGUUCUCCAAGGAAAACUACCGCGCACGAGCCGAGAUGUUGGAGUUCUUGCUCGCCUGUGACGCCAAAUUGGACGUGGAUUCCGUCGACUGCAACGGUGAUACCCCGUUGAUGCUGUACGCUUCGUUGGGCCACCUCGAAUUUAUGCAGAAGCUGCUGGAACACGGCGCGGACAUCUUGAAGACCAACCGCAAGGGCCAGAACGUGCUGCAUCGAGCGUGCGAAGACGACCAGGUGGAGGUCUGUGGAUUUCUGCAGCAGUUGAUGAUGAAAGACUCCAUCGCGGAGAAUAUUCUACCGAUCGAGACCGUCUCGACACUGGCACCACCAGCGUUAUCCCUCCACACCCCAGACAGCGAAGGGCGAUAUCCACUGCACUGUCUGGCUGAAAAGGGGUUCGUAGAGUGCGCGAAGCAACUCGUGGUGCCUACUGAAGCGAACUACGAGUGGAAUCGUAUGCAGCAAGCGCAGGGUGACUCCCAAGGUAGAACGGCACUACAUCUUGCGGUUCUAACGCAUGAUACAGCUAUGACAUCGUUCCUGUUGACGCCCGGAGGAGGUUGUAACGUGGAUGCGUUCGAUGAUCUACACCGUUCUCCACUCCACUACGCGGUAGAAUCCCCCGCCGCACUCCCGAUCAUCGCUCGAUUGUUUCAACACGGAGCUACAGUCAACGUAGCGGAUGAAAGAGGCGACACGCCACUGCAUUGGGCAGCGUUCUCGGGUCGUGCAGCGGUGGCGCAGAACUUGCUGACACUUGGAGCAGACCCAACGUUGGUCAACAGCGACUGGGAGACCCCGGCUCAGAUCGCAGCGGCGUAUGGACAACUCGACUGCAUGCGACUGCUACUGCAGGCUCAACGGCGGUACGGAGCUGCAGCAUCGAGCCCACCGAAGGAGGGGGCUCUCAUUCGUCCAGGUAGCGAGAAGACGGCACUGCAGCGACUGGAAGAAGCCGUGAACCACCUUCAUCAACGACAGGCGUCGGCCCACUCGCAGCAUGCUGCAGACCUGGAUGCUGGCAUAGACACUGCCAGCAACGACGCAGAAGGUGAAGGUGAAGCGACAUCGCAGGCUGAGCAAUCACACGCUGCGUACUGGGAGGAACUGCACCAAGACGUGCAGCUCGUGGAAGAGAGCGGGCACUUCUCGUCCGAGGACGAGGACGAAGACGACCCGCUCUUCGGCCGCGACGGAGACGACGAUCUCAACUUCUAG